AUGGCGAGAGGCUCGCAGCGCUGCCGGCAGGUCUGCGCUCCCGGUUCUCAACUGCCUGGAAAUGGGGAGCGGAGACCCUCCGGGAGCGGGAAUUGCCCAGAAGGUGCCUUGGGCAGCAGAUGUGACGCCAACAGCAUCCGCGAGGCCGGCACAAGGCAGGCUGGAGGGUCCGAGUGUGCCCAAGCAAGCGGCUCCCGCUCCGUUAGCGUGUGCCUGACGCUCCCCGCGGCAGGGGCCCAGGCGUCCGGGCGCCAGCAGCCGGACGGGCCCGUGUCGGAGUCGGUGUUCACGCUGGGGGCGGCCGCGGGAGGACUCAGCGCCAUGGUCCUCAACGACCGCCUGGGCCGCAAGCUCAGCAUCAUGUUCUCGGCCGUGCCGUCCGCCGUGGGCUACGCGCUCAUGGGCAGCGCCCAGGCCGUCUGGAUGCUGCUGCUGGGGCGAGUGCUCACAGGCUUCGCCGGCGGCGUGACCUCCGCGUCCAUCCCGGUCUACAUCUCGGAGAUCUCCCACCCCGGCGUGCGGGGCCUGCUGGGCGCCUGCCCGCAGCUCAUGGCCGUGCUGGGCUCCCUCGUCCUCUAUGCGCUGGGUCUGGUGCUGGACUGGCGCUGGCUGGCGGUGGCCGGGGAAGUGCCGGUGCUGGCCAUGAUCCUCCUGCUCUGCUUCAUGCCCAACUCGCCCCGGUUUCUGCUCUCCCAGGGGAAGGAAGAUGAAGCCCUGGGGUCGCUGUGCUGGCUCCGGGGCAAGGACACGGAUUAUGCCCAGGAGUACGAGCAGAUUAAGGACAGCGUGAGGAAGCAGAGCAGGCGGAUCUCCUGUGCGGAGAUCAAGGACCCUUUCAUUUACAAGCCCAUCCUGAUCGCCGUGCUCAUGAGGUUCCUGCAGCAGCUCUCUGGAGUCACCUGUGUCCUCGUGUACCUGCAGUCAAUAUUCAAGAAAACCUCUGUCAUUCUGAAACCAGAGUACGAUGCAGCUCUUGUCGGGCUGGUUCGCCUUGUCUCGGUAGCGAUUGCUGCUGCGUCGAUGGAUAAAGCUGGGAGGAAGAUUCUGCUCUUUGUGUCUGCUGGUAUCAUGCUGGCCUCAAACCUGACCAUGGGGCUCUAUGUCCACUUCACGCCGCCUUCUCUUAAUGGCACCACGGCCAAUGAGACCUUGGUGAGCUGGGCCAGCCACGAAGCUCAGCCGAUGAACUACAUCACCCUCAUCCCUCUCCUGGCUACCAUGUUCUUCAUAAUGGGCUAUGCCAUGGGCUGGGGUCCCAUCACCUGGUUGCUGAUGUCGGAGAUCCUCCCUCUGAAAGCCCGCGGGGUGGCCUCGGGCCUCUGCGUGCUCGUGAGCUGGCUGACUGCCUUCGUGCUGACCCGCUUCUUCCUCCCGGUCGUGGAAACCUUCGGCCUAGAGGUGCCAUUCCUGUUCUUCGCUGUCAUCUGCGCUGGGAACUUCCUAUUUACAGGCUGCUGUGUCCCAGAAACCAAAGGCAGAUCCCUGGAGCAGAUCGAGUCCUACUUCCGCACCGGCAGGAGGUCGUUCAUGAGGUAGGAGCUGC